AUGGCAAGCAGCUCAGAGAGAGAGAGAGAGGGGUCCACUAAGGAGGGACGUGUUAGAGCUCCGGAGGCCUAUGUCAUCCAGGAGGUGCAAGGCUUUGUAGAUGCAGCGUGGAAUGCUGGCACCAGUGGCGGAGGAUUUGGCUGCAUCUUUAAGGACCGCAAUGACAGGUUUCUCCAUCAAGUUUCAUCAAACCGUAGCAAUGUCGGCUCUGCCUUAGUUGCAGAAGCUCUUGCGGUUAAAGCUGGCCUGAAGGCAGCUCGGUCUAUGGGUCUGAGCAAUCUGAUCAUUCGAUCGGAUUCCAGGUCCCUGAUCAUGGCCAUCACAUCACACGAGAGGAUAGUAGAAGCUCAAGGAGUUAUGUUUGAUAUUUAUCACCUGUGUAAUGCGUUUUCUUCUGUUUCGUUUCGUUACAUCCCAAGGGAAAACAAUGCUGAAGUAGAUGCCUUAGCUAAGGCCGCUCUGCGAAGGCUUCCUAACUCUGGUUGA